UGAUUUAAGUCUAUGAACAACUUAAUUAGUGGGUUAAUUGAAUAAUUGAAUAUUUUAUGUAAAGAUGGAAUUUGGCUUGCCUUCAAAGUUACUAAAAACAAAUGAAAGAGAGGUGUAAUCAUAAUGAAAAAGAAAGUCCCCAUCUUCUUCACUCAAACCUCCAUUAUUCAUCUCACCAGAAAAAGAAAAAAAAGGAUUGAUGGAUGAUUCAUAUAUUUCACCUAAAUCUCUCUCUUUUUCUUGCAUUCCAUCUCUCUCCCCCAAAUAUGAAUAUGAUUCUCCAACUAAUUCUGUUCAUUCUCUUUUCUCCGGCAGUGGUUUCCGGUCACUGCACCACCACCAAAACCUUCCAAAAAUGCAUGACUCUUCCUUCUCAGCAAGCCUCCAUAGCUUGGACUUUUCACCCACGAAAUUCCACUCUAGAACUUGUCUUCUUCGGCACUUUUAUCUCUCCCACCGGUUGGGUUGGCUGGGGAAUCAAUCCCACCUCGCCGGAGAUGACUGGCACCCGGUCCUUAAUUGCCUUUCCCGACCCCAAUUCCGGCCAGAUCGUCCUCCUACCAUACAUUCUUGACCCAACUGUCAAGCUUCAAAGGAAUUCUCUUCUCUCUCGUCCACUUGAUAUCCAUCUUCUCUCAUCUUCUGCCACACUUUACGGCGGUAAAAUGGCCACCAUUCACGACGGCGCCUCCAUUAGAAUAUAUGCUACCUUAAGGCUAGUACCCAAUAAGACAAAAAUCCAUUUUGUCUGGAACAGAGGACUUUACGUCCAAGGCUAUUCUCCAACCAUUCAUCCAACCACAAUGAACGAUCUUUCCUCAGUUUUGACCGUCGAUGUUCUGUCGGGAACAGAGUCGAAUUCCCACAACAAUGGUGAAACGUUAAAAUUAAUUCACGGAAUUAUGAACGGCGUCUCUUGGGGGAUACUGUUGCCGGUGGGGGCUGUCACGGCAAGAUAUUUCCGGCAUAUGCAGGCGGCGAGACCAACCUGGUUUUACGCCCACGCCGGAAUUCAAUUGACGGCGUUCUUACUCGGCGCGGCAGGGUUCGGCAUUGGAAUACGGCUGGGAGAAAUGUCGCCGGGAGUAGUUUAUGGGUUUCAUAGGAAACUAGGAUUUGCGGCGUUGUCACUAGGUGGGCUACAGACAUUGGCGCUGCUAUUUCGGCCGAAGACGACGAACAAAUUCAGGAAAUACUGGAAAUCGUAUCACCAUUUUGUGGGGUAUAGUUGUGUGAUUGUAGGAAUUGUGAACGUGUUUCAAGGAUUGGAGGUGAUGGGUGAAGGGAGAUCAUAUGUGAAAUUGGGUUAUUGCCUGAGUUUGUCGACGUUGAUCGGGAUCUGCGUGGCGCUGGAGGUCAAUUCGUGGGUGAUGUUUUGCAGGAAAGCCAAAGAGGAGAAGUUGAGGAGACAGGGGAUCAUUGAUCAUCAUGAUAAAGACAGUCAAUCCAGCAAGAACAACAUCAGUAGUUCAAUUCUUCUUUAGACAGGGGAUCUGAGUUUGUCUUUUGAUGAUUAAGCAGCUUAAUUUCCAACUGAAUCAGACUACAGCAAAAUGAAAAUAUUUAAUAGAAAACUACAGAAAACAAUCAUUUUAAAAAAAGGCAUGAUAUGAAUAUUUUGUUGGUAACUUCAUUUAGCUACUAUAUUUGUAAGUUGAAGAUCAAAUCUCAAUGGAAAGCUAAAGAAAAACAUACUUCAAUUAUAAAAUAUAAAUUCAUUUAUAUUUGUAUUUUCUA